UUCAUGCCAUGUUCGAAAAGCGACAAAAUGGCGGAUGACAGGAAAUGCAAUGCCCUGUUUGAAUGACUUGUUCGGCUUCCAGAGAAUUGGUACCAUUGUCAAGUUAAUGAUAAAAGGAGAACUUUGGUUCUUUCUCAGAAGAAACAAAUGUCAGGCCAUCGAUUUGAGAUCAUUGUCACUGUAGCAUAAUUCCUUAAAAUCUCUUCGUCAUUUCUAUUUCGAACUUCCCACCGUCCGGACGAAUGAAACCUUGCAAUGGCCAAAGGGAAGAUUUCGGCUUCUUCAAGAAAACCUGCGAUGUUUGGUAGGAAUAUCAGACAAAUCAGUCAAACCGAGAGGUAGGUGUUUUGCUGCACACAUGCCGUGAUGUUUGAAGUCUAUCAUUAACCGAGUUUCGAAUUACAUAAAUCCGAUUAGCAAUAUAUAGUUCUAUAAAUCCGAUUUUUUCCUUGCACCGAUUGAUUAUCAAAGUCAUUAUGGAGAUUUUUUGUGAACUGUGUAUAGUAUAUCGUUUGCUGAAGAACGAGUGAUGAGGGUUUAUUUAGUUAUCUAGACAGUAUACACGUUCAAUACAUUGUACAAUGUAUAAUAUACGUAUUUUGCAGCUCUGGGUAAUAUGGUAAAUCGUUCUAUAGAUUUUAUUUCGUUUGGUACAAACAUAUCAAAUUUUGGGCAAGAUUUCUUUGCAACUUCUUGCUUCACUAUGCCUACAGUUUCUGGAUAAAAGAAAGCGUUGCCAGGGUCAAUAGUAUGCCUUUAGGUCUACAGCUUUGUUUCAGAAGAGUAUGGGGUCAAAGAUAAAUCUUUCCAUAUUCCGUUUGCCCUGUAAGUAAAUAUCUCCCCAGUUGCAUUUAUUUUACAGUUUCUUAUUUGUUACUCACAUUCUUAUUAAUUUUAGGUCUGUUUCCUUUUUGUAGACUGAAAGUUAUAGCAGAGAAAGUGACAGUUGGGCUAACCCCAUCUGAUCUGAUCACAGAUAUUGACUGUGAGAUGUUUGCUUCUAAAACUGAAGGGUCAUCCAAUAGUGAGAGAUCUCAGUCACCUGAGGAAGACCUAAAUUGUCUUCACAUACAAAAUGAUGCAACAUCUCGGACAAUUACUAACAACCAGGACUACAAUGGAUCAGAAGAAAUUAGAACCAGUGAGAUUUUGCAAUUGCAAUCAAAUGGCUUCACCCCACUUGGCUUUUAUGGAUCAAGGAGCAAAAAUGUCACUCCAAAUAUGAAGUUAUUUGGUCUAAACAGUGAAAAAAACUUGUCGAAAGAAAAUGAAGACUUGCCAAUGAAUAACUUGAGUGGAGUGAAGAGAAAAUUGAAGAGGGAAAGAAGUUCAAAAAAAGUUAGUAAAAAGCGCAGAACUACUAGUGGUACUAAACAGCACAAAAAUAUGACCAAUAAAGACAAAUUGAACUCAGAUGUUAAUGACAAGGAUGUUCUUGUUGACAUUGAUCAUAAGGAUAUUCUAAGCAAGAGCCAAAAAGAACCCUAUGAAUUGGUAAUGAAAACUGUUAAAGAAAUCAAAGAUAGCCAUGAAGGUGUUGUAACACCACAAUCAGAUUAUGAUUCAGAAGAAAGUGGAAUUGUUCCUAUUUGCAGGAAGCCAAAAUCAAAUAUAGAUGUAGCAAAAUCAGUUAUAAGUGAAGUUGAAUCUACUUGUUCAGAGACAAGUCUUUGCAGUGGACCUGGCACAGUCUUGGAUGGCUUUUGCUUACAGAAAAAUGGAAAUGAAUACUACUUCUCUAGUUCAAGCAAUGUAUCACCAGUACAAUUAACACCAUCUAGUGAGAGCACUGACGAAGAAGAAGAAGGAAUUGCAACAACACAUCACACAAUAAACUCUCACCAGCCUUGUACUGAACAAAAUGAAAGGGUAGAGGUGACACUGCUGGAUUGCAAUGAAAAUGUAUGUGACUCGAGGUCAAGUGUUUCACUUUCAACAUCAUCUCCAGAUGCUGCUGAAAGUGUUUCUACACCACAAUUGUCAGGCAAGGAAGAUGAAUCCAGCUCAUCCAAAAGUUCUCCUGAGCAUCAAGCUUCCAUUAUGAGAUAUUUCAGAUCAUUACCAGGUCCAAAGUGCAAAACAAAGACAGUUGCAAAUGGGAUUCCUUCUUCAUCAACUGGACACUCAUCUGCAGAAAAUUCACUGGAGAGCAAAAACAGGUUGGGUUUGAGGCUGUAUGUCUAUGUAUCAUGGAGAGACUAGCCUACUGUAUGUGUUUCAGAAAAUCUGCAUGAUGUCUACAAUUAUAAGCUUUCAGCUUCAGAUAUAUGCUUCACUAGUCAAUGGCUAUGGACAGUGUAUUUGAUGCUGCUACUCAAUAGGGAAAUAUUUCUGUGUGAACCCUCUCUUUUCUAAAACAAAGCCUUAGUCCCAAAGGUAACCUAUCAUUCCUAACAUGAUUUUGGUUUAUCAAAGAACUGUAUCCAUGAUGAAGUGUGGGGUUAUUCAGAAAACUUGCGCUGAAUGGUUCUAUAAAGAAGCAUGCUUAGUUUUGGAAUGGCUCAAUAUUUACUAUUAUGAAAUAUGUUUUGCAAAUUUUUUUAGAAUCACUCUAGGAAAGAAAAAGUCUGGAAAAAAGCAAGAACAAAUGUAUUUGGUAAGUUGCAAAUGGUUUGUUUCAAUACAACAUUGUGGUUUCAUAAAGAUAGAUCUCACCUCCAGUUCAGACACUAAAAAUCACUUGCUUUGAAUGGAGACUUGUUCAUGUCAGGUAUUGUAGUCUCUGGAUAAUGUAUUUAAGUCUGCUAUUUUGCCUUGAAAUAUCCUUGUUUUUUUUAGGAUGAGUAUAGGGAUCAUGAUGUUUCAACUGUAUACUGCUAACCUUCAUUUAGCAAUGAGGUCAACCACAUGUGCUUGAACAAUCCACAUGAAAAUUGAUUUCAGUAAUGUCUACAUUUUAUGAAACCUAAAACUGCAACCUUUUUUCACUCUAUUUUACUUUUGUUGUUGUUGUCAUCAUUGUGGUUGUUGUUAUUUUUGUUGUUGUUGUCAGGACUUGGGCCAAAAAGACUUUGGACAUGUUACUUGCCCUACCUGUGGUAUGGUAUAUACCAGAGCCCAGCCUGAUGAUGAAGCUGCUCACAUUAGACAUCACAAGAGCUUUGUCAAUGGACUGAAAUUUACUGUAAGUUAUAUACAGCUGUAAAUGCACUUGAAAUAGAAGAUUGGAUCUUAGCAACGUUUAACUCCAAUGACUGGUUAAGCUGUAAAUGCUGUUACAUAGAAUCCACCUCACUUGAAACAUUCACAUCUCCAAGAAUAAAGAAAUUGAGUUUCUAAUGUUCAUAAAAUCUUUUUUAGUAUUUCUGAUACCAUUUUGUGACAAGUGUACAUUGUCAGUAGAGGCAGAGGUUUUCUUCAGCUGUGAGUUGGCUUCAAUGAGCAGGAGAAAAUUUUAUUCAGGACCAAAAUUUGUUUCUCGAAGGAGAUGGCACCCAAAUAGGUCUCAAAAGAGAGGUUAACCAUUAUUAAGGGGUGCAAAUUCACCACGAAACUUAUUAUCACUUUGGUUUUAAGUGAGUAGGUUAUGUCUGUUAUCUAGUUUUUAAAAUCUGAUGAUGUAAAGUUUUAUAUCUUUUAUUUUAUUUGUCAGGGCUGGAAGAAUGAGUGUGUAGUGAAAGAGUACCAUGAUGGCAGAGUAAUUAUGGUUGGCCCAGAUGACCCGCGCCUCCACCUCAAAAAGGUUUGAUGAACUACAUAACCCCAGACCCUUGUUGGCUAAAGAAAUACCCCCUAAGCUGUUAUUUUACUUUCUUGUCACAUUUAUCCUAGAAAAUGUGUUAAUUUUCCAAGGAGUUUUUCCUUUUUUUUAAUCACUUCUGGGAGUGAAAGGACAAACCACUAAUCCUUAAAAAUAUUCAUUAAAUUCCUGAUGAGUUUUUAAACUUUGCUGUUAAAUUUUAGAUUGAAGAGGUCCGCAAAGUUGUUGACAGUGAGUUAGGCUUUGUAGCAGAUGUACCCUAUAGAAGAUCUGGAGCUAAGGUUGGUGAUAAUCAAUUACUGCUGCAGUCAGGAAGGGUAUAUGAUCAAGUUCCUGGCCAUCCUGUCUUUCUCUUCAUGUAAAAAAAAAGUGUGUAUCACAAAUUAAUGUGGAUUUAAUGGCAAAUCAGUUAGUCAAUCAUAAAAAGGAUAAGCUUUAAAACUGUGAAGCUCUUUGUGCUGUUUGAACUUACCAGCAAUUUUCUAAAGUAUAAAAUUAAAGCUAAGAGAUAAUUUUUGGUUAUUGGCGAUAAUUCUAGGAUAUUUACAAGUGAAUUAAUUAAGGUAAUUUUUUAUGGUAUUUGAAAUACUGGUUUUCUCUCAGAGGAAGGAUUACGACUAAUUACAAAACUCAAUGUACAUAUACAUAGGAUUCUUAUAGAUUCAGAUAUUCAACCUUGACUUCAGGGGAGGACAUGUAAGGGCCAGUUAUUUACAUGAGGUCUAACCCAAACUGCUGUUUUAUGCAAUCAGAGGGCCUCAUGUAAUCUCUGUAGGAGGGUUGUUUUCAGUAAAUUAAUGGCCUUCCACUGCUAGCUUUAGACCUUCUUGACACUGUUCACAAAAAUAAAUGUUCAGACAAAAGAUUUAACUAAAUUCAAAAUAGUUUAGAAUACGGUUUUGUUAAACCAUAGCUAAAAUUCAUUUAAAUAAUGGGCCCUAAAUCUCUUGAUAAUCUGAUAUCCUGGCUGACUGAUAAGGGGCCAGUUUGAUUGUUGCCUACAUUCAACACAGUUAGGAAUUAAAAUGUCCUAUGGUCUUGUUUACAGAUUUUUCUUUUCAUAACAAGAAAAAAAGUCAUUGGAUGUGCUGUUGCAAUUCAGAUUGAUCAGGUAUGAACUUACAGUAUGAUGAGAAUUUUCAUUUUUCUUUCCAGCUGCAUUUCUACCUUGUGAUUCAACAUGCAAAGAUAUGUCUCAAUAAAUGUCUUUUCCUCAGGGCUAUCCUGUGUUACCAUCACCUGGAGAAUCUUCUACCCCAGAAAAACAGAUUGCAGCCUGGUGUUGCAGGUAUCAAGUGACAUGCAGCCUGUCAGCAUGUUAAUGAUUUUAUUGUUGUUAGAGACUUAGGCUUGAGCUCUAGUCCAUUAUUGAAAAUGGAUCAUGAUCCAGUCCAACUUUUCAUGUUCAUUUUGGAAAUGGGGUACAAAUAAGAAAAAGAUAUUGAUAUUUUUAAUCAUGUCUCAGCUCCAUGUGAUGAGUUUAGAUCCUGGCAUGAAAAGCACUGCUUUGCUAUUGAAUUUUGUGUACAAUCAGGUCCAAGAAACUUGGCAACAACUUAUUAGAAAUAAAUUUUUUGUAGGUUUCUCAAUCAUUGCUCUCUAUUAAGUGAUAGCCAAAAGUCAGCAUAAGGAGCUCAUCAGAGAACAGGACUGGGUUCAUCUUUCUUAUUCUCAGAAUUGCAGUGUAGUCCUACUAUAAAUAUAUAUAAUUUCAGGGUCCUUUCAUGUAACAUAUUUUGUAAUAAAUUAUCACGAUGGAAUUUCCUUUUGAAUCUUCUAGCAUUAUUUUUGAAAUCAGUGAUGCCUGCCACUUGAAUGAAUGUUAUCAUGAAGUUGUUUUGCACAUCAACACGUGUAUUUUUUGUUUGUUUGUUUUCUUGAAAGUACCACCCCUCAGUCAGCACAGUGCGGUAUCAGCAGGAUAUGGGUUCACAGUCAAUACAGAAGGAAGAAAGUGGCCACGAGAUUAUUGGACUGUGUAAGGUGAGAACUAGGGGAUUGUUUCCUAUCAAAAUCGGUUCGUAGAGUAAUUUCAAAUCAAGUGUCAAAAGUGAUCUGGGAUGGCAUUGGUUUUACCGCCUUACGCUCCGUGAUUGGGCUAGAAAACUCGCGCCAUCCUGUCGACCAAUCAGGUGCCAGCUAAAACUAAUCACGACUUGGUCGCCUGCGUUUUUCCGCGCUUUAGAUUGUUUUGCUGCUAUUACUUUGAGUUCUCAUCGAGUUCUCUUUUUUAUCUCCCCUAGAACAAACUUUAUUUAUGGCUGCAUUAUUCCUAGAGAGCUGGUAGCCUUUUCUGAUCCUACACCAGAUGGCAAGCGACUUGCUAACAGUUAUGCGGGGACUUCCCAGUUUCUUGUGUUCCGAUAGUUCAAGAAAGAUGUCCCUGAAUUCACGAUUUUCGCGAAUUUUUAAGACUUUAAUUCGCAUUGAACCAGUUUGCUCUUCUCUUUAAGGGUGUCAACAUUCUGAGGUUUCUCCGAAUCUGCGUACUUUUAGUCAGGAGAGAGUGCUAUUUAUGGUAUACCGUUGGUAAAGAAUAAGUUUUAAUCAUCUGCUUGUUCCCCACCCCUCCCCGACUGCAUCCCUCACGCUAACCCAAGGGCCACGUCCGAAAUAUUUAAAGCAAAUAAACGCGCAUGUUGUCAGUGCAGCAACUGAAGCACUUUAUUAACAUUUUUCGAUGUAAUGCAAUCGAAAAAAAUCCGGGG